UUUCACCUCCACUACUCCACGUAUUCACACUACAUCGAUUGUAACUCCCCUUUUUCUUUAUAUAUAUAAUGAAAAAAUGAAAAUAGAGCUUUCUCCGCCUUUUCCCUAAACCAACCAAAAUUCCCAAAUUACCCUUCAUGUCGAACUCCGCCGUCCUCCUCCCAUCACCGCCGUCCUCCGCCGCCGUGAAAAAACCAAUUCUCAUCCGUUCCGUCUGGGCUAACAAUCUCGAAUCGGAGUUUUCAUUGAUCCGUAGCUUAAUCGAUCGUUUUCCAUUUAUCUCAAUGGACACCGAGUUCCCCGGUGUAAUUUACCGGUCGGACGUACGUUACCGUAGCCCGAUCGAUCACUACAACGUGCUGAAAAUGAAUGUGGACGCGUUGAAGUUGAUUCAAGUAGGCAUUACAUUGACUGAUGGUAAUGGUAACUUGCCGGAUUUAGGUUGUGGGUUUGGUUUCAUAUGGGAGUUCAAUUUCCGGGACUUUGAUGUUGUGAGUGAUGAUCAUGCGCCUGGUUCGAUUGAGUUGUUGCGUGAGCACGGGUUGGAUUUCGAGAAGAUGAGGGAGUGUGGUGCUGAUGCUAAGCGGUUUGCUGAGCUGAUGAUGGGUUCUGGUUUGGUGUGUAAUGAUGAGGCUGUUACGUAUGUUACUUUUCACAGCGCGUAUGAUUUUGGGUAUUUGAUCAAGAUUCUUACUGGACGUGAGCUGCCUUGUGUGCUCACGGAGUUUUUGGUGUUGAUGAGGGUGUUUUUUGGUAGAAGGGUUUAUGAUGUGAAGCAUAUGAUAAUGUUUUGUCAGGAUGUUUAUGGUGGAUUAGACCGGGUUGCGGGUACGCUCAAUGUGAGUAGGUUGGUGGGGAAGAGUCAUCAGGCUGGUUCCGAUAGCUUGUUGACAUGGCACGUGUUUCAGAAGCUAAAAGAAGUUUACUUUGGAGACAAUGACGCGCUGAUUGAGCAGUUUGCUGGUGUUCUCUUUGGGUUAGAGUGGGGAGUGUGUAUUUGGAAAGUUUUACUUUGGUGUCAUUUGACAGAUCACUCAAAGCUAGCCCAUCAUCGCCAACUCCAACUGGUGUAGUAUGUAACUAGUAAAUUAGUCUACAAUGUAUCAAUAUUGGGGUUUACCUGUAUGAAUACUCUAGUCAUUCCAUUUUAUUUGAGCCUUAUUCGUUCCAAAC